AGGAGGAGGAGAAGGAGCAGCAGCAGCAGAAUGAAGCUUCGAAAAGAAACAAACUCUUCAACGGUAAACUCCUGGAUGCUAAUCAUUUAUUACUUAUGAAGCUGUUGGAACUUCUUAAACUCCCAUGUUCUCCACUUGUCACAACUACAAAUCAAUCAUCUACAAAUACAAAUACCUCUGAUCCAGUUGGCGUUUCACAACAAUCCUCCUUACAAGAAUCCUCUGAUACGAUGAAUACAUCUGAACAACUCAUUAAAUUAGAUAGUGAAACAAUUCAAAAUGAAUCAUCUAUGAAUACUAGUCAAUAUUCAAUUGCAUCUGAUACUGGUGAAUAUUCAAACAAAUGGAAACGACCAUAUAACAACAAUGAGAAAAUGAAUAAAUCAACACCUAAUUUAGGUGAUGAAGAAGUAGUACUAUUGUGUAAUGAAAAA